UCUUUUUCCUCCAGCUAGCACAUGGCCGGUUGUGCUUGUGUGCGUACUGUGUUGAAUUUAAUAUUUAAAUAAAUUAAGAGCGUCGUACUAGCCGUGAAAAGCUACACCUUAAGCUGAAAAAGCUCCUGUUGCGCGGACAGCUUAAACCUGUUAUCAGCUCAGCGAUUGUGGGGAGCGUUGCGAGUUGUUAUGGGAGCAGGGCCGUUUCGGACUUGCUCAUUUUCGUUCCAGCAGUGAAGCACUCAAGUCCGAAACGCUGCGUCUCCGAUUUGCGUGCUUUAUAAAAAAAAAUAUAUAGUAUAUAUAUACGUAUAUAUAUAUACAUCAGAACCCGAACACUAUGUGUGAUUUUGCUGUGUAAACAACACUCGCGAAUCGCGAAAGCUAACCCGAAUCCAGAGUUCCACGAACAACGCCGAACAGUAUAUAGGCGAAGAAAUAAAAAAUCACACGGCUGAAAAACCCGUGAGUCAUCGCGACGUGGCCGCCAGAUAAUUUCCCAGUGCCGUCGAGACAACGGGGAAGUACCCAAAACGUUCACUCGUCGAGACCGCGCCGCUCGUUUCGAUCAUUAGCGCUGCGCUCUCCGGACGCGGCGGUCGAGUUUCUACGACGCAAUUUGAAGUAAUAAAGAAAAGGGCAGAAAGAUGAACCAGUACUACGACCUGGACAAGGGCAAGAAUGUGCUGUUCCUGAACGAUGCCAGCAGCACCAGUGGCUACAGCAGCAACUCGCCCACUUCCACCACCCAGUCUUUGUCGCCCGCUCACUCCCCCGAAACUAUGGCGCUUCAAUCGGAUUUCGCCAAUCUCAACUUGCCAGCAGCGGGACACAACUCACCUCAGCAGCCGCAAAACUCACCAUAUCAUCAGCUGUUGAAUGGCGGAGGCGGCCUCUGCUUGGAUGCAAACUCUUUGAUAAAUCCUGCUGGCAUCGGUACCGCCACGAGUUUUGGCAACAUGUACGAUCAUCAAUACUACGUCCCCGUCGGAGGAGCACCCGCGGCACAGCAGCAAUUUGGCUAUCAGCCGAAUGGACUUCCAGCCGGCAGCAGCGACUCUAAACACGUGCCGCAGCUGCGAAUUGUGGAGCAACCUGUGGAGAAGUUCCGGUUUCGGUACAAGAGCGAGAUGCACGGCACUCAUGGCUCCCUCAAUGGCGCCAACUCGAAGAGAACGCCGAAAACCUUCCCCGAAGUCACACUCUGCAACUACGACGGCCCAGCUGUCAUCAGGUGCAGCUUGUUCCAAACAAACCUGGACAGUCCGCACUCGCAUCAGUUGGUUGUGCGCAAGGACGAAAGGGAUGUGUGCGAUCCGCACGAUCUGCACGUGUCCAAGGAUCGCGGAUAUGUGGCGCAGUUCAUCAACAUGGGCAUCAUACACACCGCCAAGAAGUAUAUAUUCGACGAGCUUUUCAAAAAGAAGCAGGAUCGCCUCGUUUUCCAGAUGAACCGCCGGGAGCUGUCCACCAGACAGCUGCAGGAGCUGCAUCAGGAGACGGAGCGGGAGACCAAGGACAUGAAUUUGAACCAGGUUCGCCUGUGUUUCGAAGCCUUUAAGGUCGAAGAAAACGGCUCGUGGGUGCCACUGGCUCCUCCAGCAUUCAGCAAUCCGAUCAAUAACCGCAAGUCCGCACAAACCGGUGAGCUGCGCAUCGUCCGGCUUAGCAAGCCCACCGGCGGCGUCAUGGGCAACGACGAGCUGAUCCUGCUGGUGGAGAAGGUUAGCAAGAAGAACAUUAGGGUGCGCUUCUUCGAGGAGGACGAGGAUGGCGAGACAGUGUGGGAGGCUUUCGCCAAGUUCCGUGAGUCUGAUGUGCAUCAUCAGUACGCGAUUGUGUGUCAGACGCCGCCGUACAAAGACAAGGACGUGGAUCGCGAGGUGGGCGUGUCAAUAGAGCUGAUACGUCCCUCCGACGACGAGCGCUCCUAUCCGCCGCUGCCCUUCCGCUACAAGCCUCGCGAUGCGAUUGUGUCCCGGAAACGACGUCGCACCUGCUCCACGGCCACGACCAGCAGCUCUGGCAAUUCCAGCUCCAACAAUUCCCUGGACCUGCCUAAGACCUUGGCCCUGGCAGCAGCGCCUGUGGGUGGUGGCCAGCCAAAUGACUUCUCGCUUCACGCUCAGACCAUAAGCCAGGAGUUUGGUCGUGACCUGCAUCUGAUGGGCUUGGAUAAAUGCGAUUUAGUCAACUCUGAGUCCUUCCGAAAACUCAUUGACACCAACUCCGAUGAGCUGCUGAAGAUCUGCCAUGUGUCCAUGGACAUGGGUGAGCUACAGGCAGAUGGCCAUGGACGAGCAGAGUCGGUGGGCAGAAACCUAACCAGGGACUAUCUGAGUGCGAUUUUCAAGAUCUUCGAUCAGGAUCGCCGCACGCCGAUGGAGAUUUCGAAGCGGCGCGUGGAGGAUCUGUUUACGGAUCACGCCCUCAAGAACGAUAACAAUGACACGUUACUCCACGAAGUGAUAAGCCACAAAAAGGACAAUCUUAAGUUGGCCAUCAAGACGAUACAGGUGUUGAACUACUUCCAGCUGAAGGAGCUGGCCAACAGUGCCUUGAACGCGGACGGAGAUAGUGCCUUGCACGUGGCCUGCCAGCAAGACCGGGCGCACUACAUCCGGCCAUUGAUGGGCCUGGGCUGCAGUCCCAACCAACAGAAUCACACCGGGAACACCCCGUUGCAUUUAGCUGUUAAGGAGGAGCGCAUUAAUUGCGUGGAGAGCUUUCUGAACGGAAUGCCACCCGUAACGUUGGAUCUCUCGCUGAAGAACGACGACGGGCUGACGCCUCUUCACAUGGCUAUCCGGCAGAAUAAGUACGAUGUGGCCAAGAAGCUCAUUAGCCACGACAGGAGCUCAAUAAGUGUGGCCAACACAACGGACGGCAACAAUGCCCUGCACAUGGCUGUGCUGGAGCAGAGCAUUGAGUUGCUGGUGCUCAUCCUGGACGCCCAGAAUCAGAACCUCACAGACAUUCUGCAGGCGCGAAAUGCAGCCGGAUAUACGCCCUUGGAGUUGGCCAGGCACAAGGCCAACGAGCGGGUGGUCCAACUGCUGGAGAAGGUGUAUCCGGAGAAGGGAGACCAGACCAUGACCUGGAUUCCGCGCAAGGUCAAGGAGGAGAUCGACUCGUCCUCGGACGAAAGCAGCGAGGCUGGACAGCUAGAGAUUAAAUCGGAGGAUAUGGAGAUAAAAACGGAGGACGAAGAUUCCAUGGAGCUGGACCUUAGCAGUCAUCAUAGGCGAAGUCUAGAAGAAGCUCAUGACGACACCCAAAUGGAAACGCCGCCGUCGAACAAGCUGCAGCUGCUCCUCCAGAAGAAAAACAUUUAUGAACAGCUGAGCUCUCUGCUGAACGAACCCUUGGGCCAUGGACCGGAACCACAGCUGCCCAAGUGGAAGCACCUGGCUCGGGGACUCAAGCUGAUGGCCUUCAUGUGGCUAAAUGCUGAGGCCUUUCUGGAUCACAUCUUGGACAAUGGCGGCAGUGUGGAGUUUGAAGAAUUCGCUCGCACCCUGCAGACAAUCGAUCCCAAGGCCCACGCCCUGCUGGUUAGGGAUUCGUAGUAGCCCCCAGAGAUUUCCCAGCAAUCGUAACCACUGGAAGCCUUUUGUACCCCGCACUUUUCAACGAGAGAGUGCUUUAAUUAUGUAUUGAAAAUGUUGAUCAAUAAAAUACCUUUUAGUUUAUAACUACUUAUCACUAAACAAAGAAAAAAGAGAGCA